GCUGCCUAUUUUAUUUAUUUAUUUAUUUAUUCUAUUCUGCAAUUUCUGCUCAAAGUCAGUGUAUGGUAGCAUCUACAGUGACCAUGGCAAUCCCCAACCACCAUCAGUCGCACACUCCUCUCCGUUCCUUCACCUCAAAGAUCCUUCUCCUCCUCACUCUCCUCCCUGUGUCUUUGGCUGCCAUAGCAUUCAUUCUUCAAUGGCGCGGUGGCAUCAGCGAUCCUGUGACCCUUUUGUCCCCUCCUGGGUCCCACCACUCCUUCCCUGGGAUGGACCCUUCGCCCCUUUCUCCUCUCCAACAUUCGCAUUCUGACUGUGUCAAUCUUGGACGCACCUCUUCCCCUUCCUUCCCUUACUACCACAAUUGGAAGCUUGACUUUGCUGCUUCUCUCAGGCCAAAGAUCUGUGUUACAACUAGUACAUCAGGGGGGCUUGAGCAGAUUCUACCUUGGAUGUUUUAUCAUAAAGUCAUUGGUGUGACAAAUUUUUUACUGUUUGUGGAGGGAAAGGCUGCUUCUCCUGAAGUAUCAAAUGUCCUGGAAUCUAUUCCUGGUGUAAAGGUUAUAUAUAGAACAAGACAGCUGGAAGAACAGCAGGCUAAGAGCCGUAUUUGGAAUGAGACAUGGCUGGCAGGUUUCUUUUAUAAACCAUGCAAUUAUGAACUUUUUGUGAAGCAAUCCCUCAAUAUGGAGAUGGCUAUUGUUAUGGCAAGGGAUGCUGGUAUGGAUUGGAUUCUUCAUCUCGAUACAGACGAAUUAAUACACCCAGCUGGUGCUUCGGAGUACUCUUUAAGGCAGUUGCUCCUUGAUGUUCCAGGACACGUUGAUAUGGUCAUAUUUCCUAACUAUGAGAGCAGUGUUGAGCGAGAUGAUGUCAAAGAACCUUUUAGUGAGGUGUCAAUGUUUAAGAAGAAUUAUGACCAUCUUCCAAAGGAUACAUACUUUGGCAUGUAUAAAGAUUCUGUACGUGGUAACCCAAACUAUUUUUUGACUUAUGGAAAUGGCAAAUCAGCCGCCCGGAUACAAGAUCAUCUUCGGCCUAAUGGUGCACACAGAUGGCAUAAUUAUAUGAAAACCCCAAAUGAAAUCAAAUUGGAAGAAGCUGCCGUUUUACAUUACACUUAUGCUAAAUUCUCAGACUUAACUUCAAGACGUGAUCGUUGUGGUUGCAAACCUACGAAAGAAGAUGUGAAAAGAUGCUUCAUGUUGGAAUUUGACAGAUCUGCAUUUAUUAUUGCUUCAACUGCAACUGAAGAUGAAAUGCUGAAGUGGUAUAACGAGCAUGUUGUAUGGGGUGAUAAAGACGUGAAGUUGAAACUUUUGAGGAAGGGAAUAUUGACUCGCAUCUAUACUCCCAUGGUCAUAAUACAGAGUUUAAGAGAAUCUGGAGUCUUCAGUUCUGUCAUUGCAUCUGCCCCAACACUUUCCAAAGAAAAUUUUUUGCUGUCAAUUGAUAGUAGUAACUCAUCAAGAGCUGUUGCCUCUGUAUACCUCCCUUCUAGAAAGGCCGGAAGAGCCAAGGAAUCUAAAGCAACUGCAAGGAAGGUUUUGGACAUUGAAUCUGCGGCAUUUCAUGAAGUGGCUGUACCACCACUUUCUCCCCCAGUAGUAGAUGAUAAUGAACUCAUUUUACACUCUUGAUCAUUCUCAGGGUCAUCCUCCAAUCAAGUGUCUCUGUUGUCCUGUGAUAUGCAUUAUUGGAAGAAUCUACAGGUGAAGAAAGAACAAUUUGGCUUCUCUCCCUGCAUGUCUGAGCUUUGAAUAUAGUUUGGUGAUUGAUUGCUGUCCAAAUGCCAGAUAUUAUUCGUGGUCAGUGGCUUGAUUUGGAGGUGGAUGGUCCCAGAUUUUUCCCAUUUGAAUAUCUUGUUUUGACCAUUUUUUUUGUAUAGAUAACCUAAGUGCCACUAGUGUGAGUUCUUUUUAAUGCCUUUUCCACGUUCAGGUACUAAAAUUGUGAGUAGGAUAGUAGUAUGUUAUUUCACCUGUGCCAAUUAUUCUUUCUAUCAUACUUAUACAUUUUGUGCUACACAAUGAUUGCUAAGCUUGGGGUUCUCAGCUAUAACGAUGAGAUUCUAUUGAUGAAUAUUUAUCGACUUAGCUUGACUUGGUGAAUAUUUGUCUUCCUGAAGAUUGAAUUUUAAGGU